AUGCUAAAAGAUCUCAACUUCAACCCUCUAAGAUCAUGGGAAUCGUUCCAGAAAUUCUGGUUUGCUCGCUUCUGGCACUUCUUCGGCGAAAAGUUCAAGUUCCUGUUUGCGCCUGAUAUUGAAGCGCUCCUGCCCCAGGCACACGGGGUGGUUCUGGAAGUCGGGUCGGGCUCCGGCGACUGGAUGUACCUCUUCGCGCCGGAGAGAAACCGUAACGUCACGAAGUUGUUGCUGCUGGAACCGAACCGGGAAUUCCACGAGACGCUGCGGACGCGCGCGGAGCAACUGGGCCUGAAAGACAGGUGUGAGGUUCUCGAUGGCGGGGUGGAGGAUUUGCAGCGGUUGGGCAUUGAGCCGGGGACGAUCGAUACGAUUUCCACGGUGCAUGUUUUGUGCAGUGUGUCUGCACCGGAGGUCCUCAUCACCAAGCUGUACGAGUGUCUGAAGCCGGGAGGUGACUGGGUGGUGUAUGAGCAUGUCAAAAUCGACGGCGGAAAGUUCCUUCCGCGGGCUUUUCAGAUGAUUGUUGAUCGUGUGUGGCCGGUUUUCCUGGACGGGUGCACGAUCACUCGUGAUACAGAGCAUUUGCUUCGCACUACUGGGAAAUGGGAAUCUGUUGAGCUCCGGCCGGGUGUGAAUCAAGGCCAAUUCAGUCAGCUCCCUCAUAUCCGAGGUGUUCUGGUCAAAGCAAAACAGAGCGGGAAGGAAAUGUGA